AUGAAAUUGGAAGUAUGCAAAAUUAUACGGGUGGGAAAGCUGAGGUAAAAAUUGAUAGUUUCCAUUGUUUACUAUAAUCGUUUAGAUAACGAUUUGUUGACGAAUCAAGAGCUUCGCCGUUGGAUCGAUCGUCCCCGUUCAUCUCCAUCACGAAUUUUCUCUCCAUUUCCGUUGCUCUCAGUCUCUUCUCCGAUCCAUCAGCAAGGUUCCCAGUCCAGGAAAACGAGUUAGAUCAGUGGAGAAGCGGGGAAGAACGGAAUUCUUAAUUGCUUCAUUAGGCAACUGAUUGUAGAAAACCAUGCAGUUCUUUGGUGGGUCAGAGAUUAGCCCUUCGCCUCCGGCCCCGACAGCAACAGGAAACAAUGUGCAUAUGAUGUAUAUUUUCAAUAGGAAUGGAGUUUGCUUGUUCUACAGGGAGUGGAAUCGGCCUCUCCGGACAUUGAAUCCCCAGCAAGACCACAAACUUAUGUUUGGUUUGCUCUUCUCGCUCAGAUCCUUUACUGCCAAGAUGGACCCAACCAGUACUGAUAAAGGCAAUCUUGGGGUGCCUCAGUUACCUGGCCAAGGUUGUUCGUUUCACAGUUUUCGUACAAAUACCUACAAGCUCAGUUUUACUGAAACUCCAUCAGGGAUAAAGAUUAUUCUGGUUACCCAUCCUAGAACCAGUGAUCUAAGAGACUCAUUAAAGUACAUCUACAACUUGUAUGUUGAAUAUGUAGUGAAAAAUCCACUCUACAGUCCAGGAACCCCAAUCAGGUGUGAGUUAUUCAAUACAAGUCUUGACCAAUAUGUAAGAAGCAUAUCAUAGAAAUGAAGGGUAGUAACUGCUCUGCCAUUUUAGUUUCAUUCAAGACGUAUGCUCUGUCUGUCUUUUGUUGAUAGGCAUGAAUGCGUUUCAUUGAAGAACGGUGCAGUUGCCAAAAAAUUCCUACCUGUGAGUUUCUUUUUUUAUUCCAUUGGUUGGACUGUAGAGAGUGCACGGGUAUGAAAUAUUCGAGUUUUUUUGUUUCCUUUUCUUUUUUCUUUUUCCUCCCAGAACAUUUGUGGUAAGUUGGUAACUUCUGGUGCUCUGUGAUAGCGGUUGAAGGAGAAUAUAUAUAUAUAUAUUAGAUUUUUUAGUACAAA